AUGACCCUACAAAGGUGGAAACGAAGCCACAUUAUGAUCCAGAUCAACUUCGAAAGGAAGUAUUGCGGGGCGACACGGCUUUGGCAUUUUGAUAUCGGCGCCUACAGUUUUGGCGAGGUCAAUAGCGCAGCCGAGGUUAUCGGCACAGCUGAAAUCCUUUUUAGAAAGAAUACUCUGGGUUAUAAGAGAGUCAGCCACUUUUGGGCUUUCGAAAGACAAGUGCCCGGUAUCGCCGACCAAAGGGUAGGUGUGUAUUUUCUGGACGAAGGUGGUUAUGAAAUUGUGCCCAAGGGCGAACAAGAUGACUCAAAGUUGCUAUUUGACUUCUAUACGCUGAAUGUCUGGGGAAAAUGA